AUGAGCGCAGACAACGCCGUCCGGGUCGCAGACUCGUCGGAUACCGAUGCCGGCAAUGAAGUGCGCACCCCUCAGUCGAAGCGAGGUGUCAUCGAUUGGCUUCGUGACGAUGUUAAUGUUCGAUACACUGACAUUCCCGUCCUUGCUUGCUGCCUGGUCUCCGGAUUGUGCGACAGCGUGGCAGUGAAUGCCGCUGGCGUGUUUGUCAGUAUGCAGACUGGUAACACCAUCUUCAUGGCCCUUGGAGCUUCCCGCCUGCCUGCUGGCGAGCCUCUGCUCUGGCUCAAGUCUUUGAGCUCUAUCGCGGCGUUCUGGCUCGGCUGCUUCUUCUUUUCUAAAUCGAGACACAUCCACCCGAAGCGCAGAAGCACCCUCGCGCUGUCCUUCAUCCUCCAGGCAUGCCUCAUCUUUCUCGCCGCCGCUUUCGCCCAGACGCGUGUUGUCGCCGACUUCGGACUUGCUUCUGUGGAGGGAUCCGAGUCCAACCACGAGUUCAAGACGUCCGAGAACCCCAUAGUAAUGGUUCCCCUCGCCCUUCUUGCCUUCCAGUUCGGAGGUCAGAUCGUCACAAGCAGAAUCCUGGGUUUCAACGAGGUCCCCACCAAUGUUCUGACCAGUGUCUACUGCGACUUGCUGUCUGACCCCAAGUUGCUCGCGCCGCUCAAGGAGAACCCCAAGAGAAACAGAAGAUUCCUGGCCGUCGUCCUGCUUGUCUUGGGAGGAAUCAUUGGUGGUUGGUUGCAGAGGAGCCGUGCUGGCAUGCCCGGUGCUCUCUGGAUCUCCGGCGCUGUGAAGUUCAUCAUUGCGCUCGCAUGGAUGGCCUGGGACAGGAAGGAGCCAGAGGAGAGCAAGCUUGAGAAGGGUGUUGCCAAGUCCUAA